CUGCUGCUCUCUUGAGCUCGAACUCAUUUGGUUCUGUUUGUUAAGGUCGCGCAUCAUCAUCGCGUGAAGGAUGUUGCUUCUGUCGCUGCUGCUGAUCAUCGGUCCUCUGCUUCUCAGGGUGUUUUUCCCGUAUUUCUGGACAGAUCUUGUAUAUCACACAGACCUGUUGCGGAUUUUACUCAAGUUUGUUUCCCGCAGAAGAAGGCGACCUCUGUUUUUGGCUCUGGACCGGUUUUUAGAGCAGGUCGAAACGCGCCCGAACAAGGCGUUUAUCGUUUUCGAGAAUAAACGGUACUCGUUUAAAGACGCAGACCGAGAGAGCAACCGAAUAGCGAACGCGUUACGGGUCGCGUCGGUUCUGCGUCCGGGGGACACGGCGGUUCUGUUCAUGCAGAACGAGCCCGCGUUCAUCUUCUGCUGGCUCGCGCUGGCCAAGCUCGGCUGCGCAUGCGCGCUCCUCAACUGCAGCAUCCGCGCGCGGAGCCUGAUCGCGAGCGUCCGCUGCUGCCGCGGCGCCACCGUCCUGAUCGCGUCCGAAGAGCUGCAGGGAGCCGUUGAGGAGGUGUAUGAAGAUCUCCAGCAGGAGGGACUGACGACGAUCUUCAUCACGGCUGAAGAGCUCCGAUCAUCACGAAUGAAGAGUCUGAUCCGAGCGGCGCAGGAAUCCUCAGACGCUGAUGUUCCUCAGACGCUCAGAGCAGACGUGUGCUUCACAUCUCCGGCCGUCUACAUCUACACGUCUGGAACCACAGGUCUUCCUAAAGCAGCAGUGAUCACUCAAACGCGUCUCCUCGCUGCUCUCGCUGUGCUGGCGUCAAAUGGUGUAACAGAUUCUGACGUGAUUUACGUGACUCUUCCUUUAUAUCACACUGCAGGCUUCCUCGUGGGCUUCAUGGGCUCCAUAGAGACAGGUUCAACUAUAAUCUUACGCCGGAAGUUCUCUGCGUCUCAGUUCUGGGACGAGUGUCGGGCUCAUAAUGUGACGGUGAUUCAGUACAUCGGCGAGGUUCUGCGCUAUCUGUGCAACACACCGCAGAGAGCGAGCGAUAAGGAGCACGCCGUGCGUUUGGCCGUCGGGAACGGGCUCCGCUCAGACGUAUGGAGGGAAUUCCUCAAGCGCUUCGGUCGCAUUCAAGUCCGAGAGUUUUACGCCUCCACGGAGGGAAAUGUGGGUUUCGUGAACUACGCUGGAAAGAUCGGCGCUGUGGGACGGGUCAGCUUUCUGCACAAAAAACUGUUCCCCUACGCCAUCAUUCAGUACGACACGGAGCACGACGAGCCGGUCAGAAACUCCAGAGGCCUGUGUGUCGAGGUGCCUAAAGGGCAGACGGGGCUGCUGGUGUCCAAGAUUACAGAAAUCGCUCCUUUCGUUGGUUAUGCACAAAACGAACAGCAAACAGAAAAGAAGAGGCUGCGUGACGUUUUAAAGCACGGAGAUGUCUAUUUCAACAGCGGUGAUCUGCUGAAGAUCGAUCACGACAACUUCAUCUACUUCCAGGAUCGAGUGGGAGACACAUUCAGGUGGAAGGGAGAGAACGUGGCCACCACUGAAGUCUCUGACAUCAUCAGCAUGCUUGAGUUUGUUGAAGAGGCGAACGUUUAUGGAGUUCGAGUUCCAGGUCACGAAGGACGGAUCGGAAUGGCUGCAGUAAAAGUGAUGGACAGAAUGGAGUUUGAGUGCAAGAAAACAUUUGAUCACGUCUGCAGGUUCCUGCCUGUUUACGCUCGACCUCGUUUUAUACGCAUUCAGAGCUCAAUGGACGUCACCGCCACCUUUAAACAGCUGAAACUGAAGCUGGUGGAGGCUGGAUUCAAUCCCAGCAUGACGACUGAUCGGCUGUACUUCCUGUGUGAGCGUGAGAGGACGUACGUCUCACUGACCCCCUUCAUCUACCAGCAGAUCCUGUCUCACAGCAUUAAACUCUGACUUCUCUCUCCUGUGCUAGUACUACUAUUGUUGUUUAGCUGAACCAUCUCAAAAAUAUUUUACUAAAGUAUUAAAGAGGCACUGAUUCAGCUUUUUAAAAAAACUGAUCAUGUAUUAAUUAUGUAUCAUGUAUGUAUGUAUUAUGUAUGUAUUAUGUAAUCAUGUGCCAAUUAUGUAUAUUUGUGUUACUGAGCUGUUACAUUUGUUUCCCUUUACGAGCCUUGUGUCAAAAAACAUUUAAACAUAGAAUUUAUUAAAUCCAUGUGAUCUAUGAUUCUUGAAGAUUUUCCUUAUUCUAGUAUGUAAUAAUGUUUAUUUUUAACUAUUUUAUAUAUGAAUCUCACAUGAAUCUUGCCUGUGACUGGUUAAAAUAGAUAUUGCAUUAAAGUUUUUUAUGAAUUAA